CGGUAUUACUCAAUUGGCCUCCCUGACCAGCCUGACAACUGUCAAGACCAGGCAAACAACUUUGAUCCCGGAACACACUCCACCUUAUCAUCUCCAGAACCAUGUCGGCGCAACAGCAACAAGCGGCACCGGCGACCGCGGCGGAAGACCUCCCGAAAAUCAACAUCAAGAAGCUCCUCACCCGUCUCUGGCCCCUCGGACACCCCGACCCUGUGACGCCAGAUGAGAUCGCCGAUGCCAUCUCCUACUUCUUCACCAACCAAAUCUCCGAUGUCCAGGCCGGCGCCCUGCUCAUGUGCCUGCACUUUACCGGCCUCGACCGGAGCGCCGAAGUGCUAUCCAAGACGGCCCAGGUGAUGCUGAAGGCCGCUGCUCAGACCGACCUCGAAGAGCUCCGUCAAGUCAUUGAGAAGCGCGGCAGACAAGAAGGAGCCUACAAUGGCGGACUCUGCGACAUAGUAGGCACAGGCGGCGACUCCCACAACACCUUCAACAUCAGCACCACCUCCUCCAUCCUCGCCUCCUCCCUCCUUCUCGUCGGCAAGCACGGCAACAAAGCCUCAACCUCCAAGUCCGGCUCGGCGGACCUUCUCGCGUGCGUCCCUCCCCGCCCGCCUCAGAUCUCCCGCAUCCGUCCCGAAACCGUCUCCUCUCUCUACUCCCAAUGCAACUACGGCUUCCUCUUCGCCCCCGUCUUCCACCAAGGCAUGCGCCACGUAGCGCCCAUCCGCGCGCAGCUCCCCUGGCGCACCAUCUUUAACCUAGUCGGUCCUUUGGCAAACCCACUGGACGCGCUGGUAGAGGCGCGAAUGAUCGGAGUCGCGCGCAAGGACCUUGGUCCCGUGUUCGCGGAAGCGCUCAAGAUGGGCGGGGCGCGCAAGGCCAUGGUUGUCUGCGGCGACGAGGAGCUGGACGAGAUCAGCUGCGCCGGGCCGACGCUUUGCUGGACGAUCAAGCCCACGGAGGAGGACCCCGAGGGCGAGCCGGUGGUCAGCCACUUCUUGCUGCACCCGAGCGACUUUGGACUGCCGGCGCAUCCGCUGUCGGAGGUGUCGCCGGGUAAGGAGCCGAUUGAGAAUGCGGCGAUCUUGAGUAAGAUUCUGAACAAUGAGAUGCCGGAUGAUGAUCCCAUCUUGCACUUUGUCUUGAUGAACACUGCGGCGUUGUUCGUGGUGUCGGGCAUUUGCGAGGCGGAUACGAGUGAUAUGGGACAUGGUGACGAUGGGCAGGUUAUCAAGGAGCGUGGACCGGGAGGUGGCCGUUGGAAGGAGGGUAUCAGGAGGGCGAGAUGGACUAUCAAGAGCGGCGAGGCGGCGCGGCAAUGGGCCAAGUUUGUGGAGGUCACGAAUAGCUUCAGCGCAUAAAGUGUCAAUGUUAUUGUUUUCCUGUCGGGUUAAGUACAGAUAUGGUUCUGUGUGGUGAUGUGAAGGUUACAAGCCUAGCUAUAUGGUAUAUUUUAGUUCCUAAAGACCCAAAUCUGUUCUCCCGCCAUGAUAGUUUAGUUCUCGCCGUUGUACGUAAAGCUGUGAAUUUUCCCAUGACC